AAUGGGUUUGAAUUAUUUAUAAAAGAAAAAUUGGCAUCCAGGUUCUUUGAAAAAUUAAGAAAUUGUUUGGAUUAGAGAAUAAAUUUAAGCUGAUAUAAUUAAAAGAGAAUAAGAAAGAGCUAAAAAAUUGGCAGAAGAAAAAAACAUUGAAGAAUUGAAAAGAAUUUAAGUUGAAGCUGGUUUAAUUCCAAAAAGUCAUUUAGAUAGAAUGGAAUGGAUGUAUGAUGUCAGUAAACUUGAAAAAUAAAAUUAAAAUUCAGCUGAAGAGUAAUAAUUAUUUAAACUUACAGAUAUCUCCUUGGUAAGACUGCUACCUCAUAAGAAGUCGAGAAAUUAGCUGAUUAAAGAGAAAAAGCUAAAUAGACUUAAUAAUAUUAAACAGUUUUUAAAGAGGAAACAACAAAUGCAAAAUGUGAAGAUUUUGUUCUUGUUCAUGAAGAUCCCAUGUUCUAAAUAAUGAAAGGAGUAUGUUAUUUAGUAAUAAUAUAAGGAAUAAUAAGUAAAAUAAGUAUUAUUGUAAAAUCCUUUAAAAGUGAAAUAAUUAUAAGAGAAGAUAGAAGCAAAUAAAAAAAUAAAGAAAGAAAAAUCACAUAAAGAUAAGAAAGAUAAGAAUAAAAAGAAAAAAGAUAAAAAAGAUAAAAAAUCAUCAAAAAAAAGUAAGAAAAAUAAUAGAAGCAGUAGUUCUAGUUCUUCAUCUUCAAGUUCUAAAGAACAUGAAAUUUCUACUGCUGUUUCAACAGGUUCAUCACAUUCUUAAAUUUAUUAAUAAUAUUUAAAAGAAAGAUUAGGAAAUAUUGCAGUUACUGAUGAACAUGGAAAUGUUAAAGCAGAUUUCAGUCUAAUGAAAAAAAAAUAUAGAAAUAAUUUAAAUCCUUCAUAAUCUCAUGAAGAAUUACGUAAUUAAAUGGCUGCUGAUGGAUAAAAAAGACUUUAAUAAUAAUUAAAAUAAAUUGAAGAAGAACCUAAAUAAUAAUAAUAAUAAGGAGGAGGAUAAUUUUUAAAUAAAAUAAGGAAAGAAAUCUAUAAUUAAAAUGAUUAAAAUGCCUAUCAAGAUAGAAUCAAAAGAAAUAGACAUUUCUAAGAAAGAUUUAAUGAAUGA